AUAACUGUUGACACGAUGGAGAGAUGCCAUGUUUUCACCUGAUAAACGUUUCUUUGAAAAAGUAUGUAGGCCUAUUGCUUAUACGUAAAAACCAGUUGAGACAACGCUGCAGAGUGCGAGAUGAGAUGUCCAAUGGUGAAAAAGAGAGUGUUGCCCCAGACAGUAGUGAGGCGCCAAUGCCCACACCUGAGAUAUCCCUCGAGGUCUCACCUCCACCCCCAGAACAACCGGUAGAGACUGAGGGGAAGGAUCCACAGCCCAUAGAGGUGCUUAAGCCUGUACAGCCAGAACCAGUAGAGAAUGGGUCUAAAGAACCAGAACCAGAGGCGGUUGUGGUCGGGGCUAAAGAGCAAGURGAGUCUGUGAACUCUGAAGUAAAGGAGGAGGCCCCGUCCCCUUGCUCACCCCCACCGCCUGCAAGCGUGAAGGAGGAAGCAGAGCCAGUUGUUACGGAGGUUACCCCACCACCACCAUCACCACCCCCACCUCCACAACCAGUUGUUACGGUGCAGGUUACCCCACCCCCACCUCCGGCAGAUAAAGAUGAUGACGCUACAACCAACACCCCAUCACCACCGCCCCCACCAGAGGAUGCCAAUACAGUCAAGAAACUCUCUAUUGAGCUGCCUAAUGAUAGCGUCCAUGUGUCAGCCAUGGGGAGAAAAGACUCAGUGUGGUCUCUGGGAGAGGGACAGGCUCCAGAGGACCUUGACAAGCCRGUAGACACCCCACCGCUGUCCAGCCUGCUCAUAGAAAGACCCCAGGGCGGAUCCAUCACUGUGGGUGGAGACAUCUCCUUUGUUGCCAAGGUGGAGGCCCAAGACCUGCUCCGUAAACCCACCAUCAAGUGGUUCAAAGGGAAAUGGAUGGACCUGGCCAGCAAGACCGGAAAGCACUUACAACUGAAAGAAACCUUUGACCGACGCACCAAGAUUCACACAUUUGAGAUGCAUAUCAUCAAGGCCAAAGACAACUAUGCUGGAAACUACAGGUGUGAGGUCACCUACAAGGACAAAUUUGACAGCUGUUCCUUUGACCUGGAAGUGAAAGAACUGGAACAGUCACAGAGUGUUGAUAUUCGAUCAGCCUUCAAAAGAAGCAGUGAAGGACACGAGGAUGCAGGGGAUCUUGACUUUAGUGGUCUUCUUAAACAUAGGGAGCCCAAGCAGGAUGAGACGCCCGAAGUGGACGUGUGGGAGAUCCUGAAGUUGGCCAGGCCAGACCAGUAUGAGAAGAUCGCCUUUGAGUACGGCAUAACAGACCUGCGGGGUCUGCUCAAGAGGCUGAAGAAGACCAAGAAAGAGGAGAAGAAGAGUGAAGCUUUUGCCAAGAAGUUGGAUCCAGCGUACCAGGUGGACAAAGGAGGGAAGAUCCGCUUAGUGGUGGAUCUUGCAGACCCCACAGUAGAGCUGAAAUGGUACAAGAACGGCCAGGAGAUCCGUCCAACUCCAAAGUUUAUCUUUGAGCAAAAAGGCACACAGCGGAUCAUGGUCAUCAACAACUGCGGCCUGAAUGAUGACGCUGCCUAUUCCGUAGCCGCGGGAGAAGAGAAGUGUACCACCGAGCUGUUUGUCAAAGAGUUACCAGUGAAGAUUACUAAAGAGAUUGAGGCUGUGAAAACAACAGUGAACGAGAGAAUUGAGUUGGAGUGUGAAGUGUCUGAAGAAGGAGCUCAAGUAAAAUGGUGUAAGAACGGUGUGGAGGUCCCGACCGGGCCCCGGUCACGCUACCGUGUCAAGUCUGAGGGGCUGAAACACUGGCUAAUCAUUGACGAUGCCUCAAAGGAGGACAGCGGAACCUUCUCCCUCAUGGCCUCUGGGGGAACCUCUGAAGCCAAAGUCCAGGUUGAAUUGAAGCCACUGAAGAUUAUUCAGGAUUUGCAGGACAUGACAGUGCUUUUGGGCCAGCCACUGAAGAUGCACUGUGAGAUCUUCCCUGGGAAUGUUGCAGGUCGCUGGUACAGGAACGGACAGUUGAUCCAGUCCAACGACCGCAUCAACAUCCUGCAAAGAGCCAAGAACCACCGAUUAGAAAUUGUGAACAGCGCCAUUCACGAUGCRGGGGAUUAUACCUUUGUGCCAGAGGGAUACUCUCAGAGCCUCUGUGCCAAAGUUCAUAUCGUUGAUCCUCCCAGGGUGCACCUGGAGAGCUUGAACUUCCCUGACAACACGGUGACCAUUGUGGCAGGAAAUAAACUCCGCGUGGAGAUCCCCAUCAGUGGAGAACCAGCACCCAGAGUGGUGUGGAUGAAGGGAGAGAGGGUAAUCCUUGACUCGGGCCACCGUGUGCGAGCUGAAACCUUCUCGGACCACACCAGCCUCACCAUCGACAUCGCAGAGAAGGAAGACACAGGAAACUACAAGAUAGUCCUGCAGAAUGAGGCUGGGGAAGCAGAGGCUAGCAUCAAAGUCAAGGUGGUGGAUAUCCCAGACCCUCCUGAAGUUCCCCUAGUCACGGAGGUGGGAGGAGACUGGUGCUCUAUGACAUGGGAACCCCCGAUCUAUGACGGAGGCUAACCCAUCUUAGGUAGGUGUGCUAUCAUCGAAAGGAAGAAGAAGCAGAGUUCCAGAUGGAUGAGGCUGAACUUUGACCUGAACAAAGAGACCACAUUUGAGCCUAAAAAGAUGAUUGAGGGUGUCCCGUACGAGGUGCGCGUCUUUGCUGUGAAUGCCAUCGGCGUGUCCAAACCCAGCGAGCCAUCCAAAGCCUUUGUGCCUCUGGCUGUGACCAGCGAGCCCACCAUGCUGGUGGUGGAUGAUGUCACAGACACCACGGUGACCAUGAAGUGGCGUCCCCCAGACACCAUCGGAGCUGCAGGCUUAGACGGCUACCUGGUGGAGUAUUGCAUCGAAGGAACUGAUGACUGGAGAGUAACCAAUAAGGAGCUGACAGACAAGACUAAGUACAUCACUGGCCUCCCUCCAGAGGCUAAGAUCCUGGUAAGUAAGGGCAUCAAUGCUGCCGGCGCCAGCACUCCCAGAACACUUCAGCACUCUAUCCUGGUCAAAGAGGUCAUCGAACCACCUAAGAUCCGCAUCCCCCGUCACUUGAAGCAGACAUACACUCGUAAAGUCGGAGAAGCCGUCAAUCUCGUUAUUCCAUUCAUGCCUCCAAAGGACAAUGGCAAUGCCGCCAUUACAGGCUACACCAUCCAGAAAGCAGACAAGAAGACCAUGGAGUGGUACACGUGUAUUGAGCACUACCACCGCACCUGCAUCACCAUCACAGAGCUGGUGGUGGGGAACGAGUACUUCUUCAGAAUUUACUCUGAGAACAUGGUGGGUCUGAGCGAGGGUGCCACCCAGACCAAGGACAGCGCCCUCAUCGUUAAAGAAGGCAUGCAACUGAAGAACCCCGAGUACAUCGACCACGACUUCAAAGAGCCUCCCAAGUUCACCCAGCCCCUCAUCAACACCUUCGCCAUCGCUGGCUACAAUGCCACCCUCAACUGCAGCGUCCGAGCCAACCCACGGCCCAAAGUGAUUUGGAUGAAGAAUAAGAUAGCCAUCAUUGACGACCCGCGCUACCGCAUGUUUAGCAACCAAGGGGUCUGCACCCUGGAGAUCCGGAAACCCAGCCCCUACGACGGGGGCAUGUACUCCUGCAAGGCCAUUAAUGACCUGGGUGAUGCACUAGUGGAGUGUAAGCUGGAGGUUAAAGGGGGCUUUACCUUCUCUGAGCUCAUGCAGCGUGGAGUGCCUUUACACCUGAUCGAUAAGUACAUGAGCGAGACCAAGGCCGCAGAGCAGCCAGAGAAGUAGUCGGACUGAGCAACCUCUGAUAUGCCUAGGCUGCCCGGAAACCUGUCGUCACACCACUAGUGAUCUGCCUCUCACCAGCAGUCGAGGGAGGGGCUGGAGGGGAAGGGAGGGAUGUACUGGACUUUGGCAUGGCAUGCUGUGUGCGGGUAUGGAGCUAGUUACCAUAGAAGAAGCCAAUUCAUCAGCAGCUUUGAGUCAUCUCCUAGUAUUCAAAAGGCGCUGUUUAAGCUCAGUUGCAUGUUGGCAGUGUUUUGGCUGUAGCUUUUUAUUUUAGAUGAGUAGUGCGGGAAAUGUACAGUAGGAUGAACUGUAAUUUCCACCUAUCUGGACAUGUUUUGUCUCUGUUGGGAUUGGGAUUGGGAACUGUGUUUGGGGGAGGGAGCUAAUGUUGAAAUGUAUAAACAAUAUGGCUGUAAUGCAAUGUCUUGUGAUUAAAGAUUGAACUUCAAAAGAUACAAAUAUUAAAACAUUUCUGAUCUGGUGA